UAUUGCAGCAGAAACAAUACCAAUAGUAUCACAGAUAAAUGGUUAAAAAACGGGUAAGGGGUGGUUUGAGAGGAAUAGGAAAAAAGCCACGAGUGAUCAAUAGCUGGCUGUCUGUUGCAAAUUGCUGCAGUGUUUUAAAGGAGUCGUGUAUUCUAAAGGGAUUGACAGAGCGGGGCAACGGAGCCACAUGUCACAUGUGCUUCGUAGGAAGAAACGGGGCAUCUGCAAACUGGAUCUGGAGGAGGAUGCUGCGGCAAGUGAUUCACAGAGGGCUCAAAGCUUCUUUUUACUGGCUCGGCUUAUUUGUUAGCAAGCAUCCAGUGUUUUUCCUCACUGUUCCCACAGUCUUAACCAUCAUUUUUGGAUCCACCGUCGUGAGCAGAUUUAAGCCUGAAACAGACCUAGAGAUUCUGGUUUCCCCGACCCACAGUCUGGCAAAAAUAGAAAGGAGUCUGGCGAACAGUCUUUUCCCCAUCGAGCAGUCCAAAAACAAGCUGUAUUCAGACCUGCACACUCCUGGCAGAUAUGGCAGGCUGAUCCUGCUCUCGAAAUCCAGGGAAAACAUUUUGGAGCUACCCAAUCAGAUCCUGCAGGUUCAUAAAUCGGUGCUGGAUUUGAAAGUUAAUUAUAAAGGUUUUAAUUACACUUUCGCUCAUCUGUGUGUCAUGAGCAAUCGGGAUAAGACAUGCCUUUUGGAUGAUAUUAUUUCGAUUUUCGAGGACCUCCAGCAAGCUGCCUCUUCAAAUAGCACACCUUCCAGGGUGCAAGUCAGCUAUCCAAACACCAGAUUAAAGGAUGGCAGGAUCUCUUUCAUUGGCCACCAGCUGGGAGGGGUCACAUUCGCUGCAAACAGCAGAGAUCAGCAAUUCCAGACUGCCAGAGCAGUCCAGAUCACUUACUACCUCCACAACUAUGGCAACGAAAACCAGAACAUCAUUGCCGAGAAAUGGGAAAAUGAAUUCUCCAAGCUCGUGCUCAAACUCUCUGCAGUCAAUGAAGACCUUUAUAUCCAAUCACUGACUUCAUUCAGUCUCUGGAGAGAUUUUAAUAAAACAGGCAUGUUGGCAAGGAGUGAGGUGUUGGUGAGUCUGGUGUUGAUUCUGUUGGCAGCCACAGUCUUCAGUUCUAUGAGGGACUGCCUUCGAGGAAAGCCUUUCCUUGGGCUGCUGGGAGUUCUUACUAUCUGCAUCGCCAAUGUUACUGCAGCAGGGAUAUUUUUCAUUACUGAUGGAAAGUAUAAUUCUACACUUCUGGGAGUCCCCUUCUUUGCUAUGGGUCAUGGAACAAAAGGAGUUUUUGAGCUGCUUGCAGGGUGGAGAAGAACUCGUGAAAAUCAACCUUUCAAAGAAAGAGUAGCAGAUGCCUUUGCAGAUGUGAUGGUUUGCUACACCAUGACUAGCUCCAUGUACAUCAUUACAUUUGGCAUGGGGGCCAGUCCCUUCACCAAUAUUGAAUCAGUGAAAAUAUUCUGCCAGAACAUGUGUGUUACGAUCCUUGUGAACUACUUUUAUGUCUUUUCUUUUUAUGGUUCAUGCUUGGUCUUCGCUGGCCAGCUGGAACAAAACAGAUACCACAGUGUGUUCUGCUGUAAAAUACCAUCUUCAGAGUAUUUAGAGAGGCAGCCUACAUGGUUCAAGACAGUGAUGAGUGAUGGGCAAGAUCUUUCUACACAUCAUGACAGUGUUCCCUAUCAAAAUCACUUCAUUCAGCACUUUCUACGGGAACACUACACGGAAUGGAUUACCAAUACGUAUGUGAAGCCAUUUGUUGUAAUAUUAUAUCUAAUUUAUGCAUCAUUUUCUUUCAUGGGGUGUUUACAAAUUAGUGAUGGAUCAAACAUAAUCAACCUCUUAGCUAGUGACUCGCCAAGUGUCUCCUAUGCACUGACCCAACAAAAAUACUUCAGUAACUACAGUCCUGUGAUUGGGUUCUAUAUUUAUGAGCCGAUAGAGUACUGGAACACAACCGUACAAGAACAUUUAAAUACAUUAGGUCAUGGAUUUAAUAGAAUAUCAUGGAUAGAUCAUUACUUUCAGCAUUUAAAAGUCAUCAACAUUACUACUCCAACCAAAAGCGAUUUUAUAACUGUUCUGCAAAAUUCAUUCUUGAUGAAAAAUGAAUUUCAGCACUUUAAAGAGGACAUCAUUUUUUCCAAAACAGGGGAUGAAGUUGAUAUCAUUGCAUCCAGGAUGUAUAUGGUUGCCAGAACCAGCGAGAACACAAGAGAAGAGGUCGUUGAAUUGCUGGAACGGCUAAGGCCAUUGUCUCUUAUCAACAGCAUCAAAUUUAUUGUGUUUAAUCCUACCUUUGUGUUCAUGGAUCGCUACAGCGCCUCCAUCAUAUCACCCAUUCUGACGUCUGGAUUUAGUGUCCUGAUUGUCUUAGUCCUGACCGUCUUCCUGGUUAUUAACCCACUUGGCAACUUUUGGUUGAUAAUCACAGUCACCUCAGUAGAGUUAGGCGUUCUUGGCUUGAUGACGUUAUGGAACGUAGACAUGGAUAGCAUAUCUAUUCUGUGCCUUAUUUACACUUUGAAUUUCGCGAUGGAUCACUGUGCACCUCAUCUUUAUACUUUUGUAUUAGCAACCGAGCACACCAGGACUCAGUGCAUAAAGAUCUCCUUGGAGGAGCAUGGGGCAGCCAUUUUGCAAAAUGCAUCUUGUUUUCUCAUUGGGCUGGUGCCCCUUGUGUUUGUGCCUUCAAACUUGACCUUUACACUGUUUAAAUGCUCUCUACUUACUGUCGGGUGUACAGUGCUGCACUGCUUUGUGAUAUUACCUGUUUUUUUAACGUUUUUUCCACCAUCAAAAAAGAGACAGAAGAAAAAAAAGCGUGCAAAAAGAAAAGAGAGGGAGGAAAUUGAAUGCAUAGAGGUCAGAGAUAAUCCUGAUCAAGUGACUAGUGUUUGAAGAGCCCUCUAUUAAAAAGAAAGAGAAUCUACUUGUUGGAAAAUAUCUUGGUUUUGGGAAAUAUGGCACUUAACAUGGGUUUACAGUGAUUGGGCUGGCCGCUUAGUUGGGCAGAGAUAGGUCGUAAUGACCCACACAGUCAAGCAGCACAGGUACUAAGGAAAAAUGCCAUUCUUCACUAAUGUACUUAACAAUUAGCAAACAUAAAAAGUGAUAUUAUUCCUCUAUAGUUACUGUUUUUAUACUUUAACUGACCAUUAAUGAAACUGAGAUUCCACAUCCUUUAAAUGGAAAUUUGAAAGACAAUUAUUCUAACAUACAUCAAAGGAGAGGGGAAUAAGCCUGGGCUAUCUAUAUGCUCUUCUUAUCAAAAGUAUUAAUUUAGUAUGCAUUUCAUUUCCAUAACCACUUGUAGUUUAAUUAAAUCAUAUAUGAUUAUUAUUUAAUAAGCAUUAAUGAAGAAUGACAAGUUAUAUUAAAGAUGCAGUGAUACUUAGCUGGAAUGAGAUGUUCGGCUAAUGCUAGUGUAACAAGAUGUGAAAAAUGAAUUCAGUAAUCAUAUCAGAUCAGUAGCCUAUAUGGUUAUAGUUGUAGUGGACAAAAGGACUAUUUGGUGCAGUGUACUUGUUUGUAAUCUGUUGAAAGAAGCCACAUUUCACGCCUGGGACAUUAGUUCUUAUCCAGUUGAAGUAUGCAUUUCUUCUAUUGCUCCAUCUAAUGGAUGUGUAGGCGUUAGGGUUAUGAUGUACUUUGAGGGCUUUAGCCCUGUUCUCAAAAGUCAAACGUAAUGGUGUAAUGCACUGCAGCACAUGGCACAAUAUGGAAGUCUCUGCUACAAU